AUGACAAUAUCUACUUUCGAUCACGUUACAGGGCGACUUAGACGGAUUGCGCGUCAUCUCGCCUUCCCAAAUUUUCUCCUUUUGCAGCUCGAAUCCAAAACAUCUAUCUAUAGUAGGCAAAGGAGUACAGGGCGAAAGAUGUUUAACUCGGUAAAUCUGAGCAACUUCUGCUCCCAAACACGUAAAGACCGGACAUCUGAGUUCGGGGACAGGACAGGCUGUGCCUCCAAUAUCUACCUCCCCAGCUGCACCUACUACGUCCCAGAAUUUUCCGCCGUUUCUUCGUUUCUUCCGCAGGGGCCUUCGAGGCAAAUUACAUACCCCUACACUGCAAAUUUGUCUCAAGUGCAACCGGUACGAGAUGUUUCCUACGGCCUGGAUCCUUCCAGCAAGUGGCACCACAGAACUAACUACGCGACGUGCUACUCCGGAGAGGAUCUGGUGCACAGGGACUGUCUUCCGCCAUCCACCAUGACAGAAAUGCUCAUGAAAAACGAGAGCGUGUACAGCCACCACCAUCACCACCAUCCUAACUCUAACCACCCAUCUACUGGUUUCUACUCCAGCGUCGGGAAAAACAACGUGCUCCCUCAAGGUUUUGAUCGUUUUUUUGAAACGGCGUAUUGUGCCACUGACAAUCAGUCAGACCUUUGUUUACAAAAGAGCGAAACGACUAAACUCGAGGGCACGUCCCAGCAGUCCAGUGCAGUUUCGGGGGUGGAUGAACCAGAAAAGGACGCCGAGGAAGAAGAAGAACGAACAAAUUCUGGCUCGUGCAGCUCCACAGGCACAAAGGAAGGAAACGCAAGCAAAAUCAACCAUUCUAGUGCCCCUCGCACGAGGAAGAAGAGAUGUCCAUACUCCAAGUUUCAAAUUCGCGAACUGGAACGAGAGUUUUUCUUUAAUGUUUACAUCAACAAGGAGAAAAGGCUGCAGCUAUCCAGAAUGCUAAACCUUACUGACAGACAAGUGAAAAUAUGGUUUCAAAAUCGCAGAAUGAAAGAAAAGAAAUUAAGCAGAGACCGCUUGCAGUAUUUCUCUGGGAACCCAUUGUUGUAAACUAUGGACAUAUUUCAGUAGGCCAAGGUUGAUUUUACUUGAUUUUUCCGAAAACUUGGAUGUUCCAUCAUAAUAUGAUCUAGACAUCAUUGACUAUCUUAAACAAGCCGGCAUUACUAACUAAAUUCGCAUGGAUGUUUUUAGUUGUUGUAAUAACAGAGAAAAUAUGGACGAUAUGGAGCUUUGAAUUCGAGCCUUUGUAGUUAAAAAUUCAAGUUCAGAUUCACGUUUCGCAAGAUUUUAAGGAACAUCAAAGGCUAUACUGAAAUCUUUGUAGGUAUCUUAUUCACAAUGCACAUUCAAUGACUAGUUGCUGUAAAUAUGUAACAAAGUCGAACUAAAGUAGGAGUCGUUGUUCAAGAUCUUGUAUUUUCCUUUACCCCCCACCUUUUUUUACAUUUUCGUCAUUUUAAACUGUGACUUGUACAAUCUGUAAUAAUGUAUUCCUUGUACAGAGACUAUGCCUUGUGCAUUUGUGAUUGUAAAUAUAGCAAAUAUUAAGUUCACUUUCCUAACAUUGCUGCUAUUUUCUUCAUAUUGCCCGAGUGGUUCUCGCGCGCUUUAGGCUUGAACCCAUGUUCCUUUCUUUAACUUAUUUGCUUAAAGUUACGCAAAGUGUUCUUCUGUUUUUAGUCAGAGAGCGCAAAAUUACAUUUGGAUUGUGUAUGAUAUAUGGUAUACCACAUAUUAAAUAAAUAUAUACAAUGUAAAGGCAUUUAUAAGUGAAUCCUGACUCACUUUGACAGAAACUUCAGCGUGUACGAUUGAACGUUUCAGUAAUUUAACUGUUUAACAGUGCUGAAGACACCUGAAAGAACCAUUUAUAGUCGCAUAAUAAACUCUACACAUGGAAACGUUUGUGACAAAACAUUUAUUUUACUCUCGGGGUGAGUAUGACAAAUAAAUUAAGUAUUAGAUCCGCGUUUAGGGCAAAAAAAAAAACCUUGAACUAACAAACAUAGCUGCAAAGACAUUGAAAUUGUAGUUCGUAGUCCGAGAGAAAGACAAGAAAAGAUAACCCCCUUUAGUACCCAGUAAAGUGAAUCGCCACUCUUGUGGUCUAGACAGUGUCAUAAAGACAGAGGCCCUAAAUGGCUAUUUUUUCCUCUUAAUUGCACCGUCUGUUCGCGGGGAAUGGCGUCCACUUCCGCAGUAAACAGUAAACAAGAGAGUCUGAAUCUUCGAACAAAGAAACUUGAAAGAACUUAGAGAAUGGACACUAGUAGUCUCCUUGUUCAAUCAACCACGUCCAACACCACUAACUUGUGGUUGCAUAUUAAUUAAACUAACAUUCUAAAACAAAUGUAUUUUCGAAGUAGAAAUAGUUAAAUCUCGGAGUUAAUAGCUGGGUUAAAUCUCAAGAUAUUGACUUGUGCGGCCUGUAUACGUGCAAAAGGUGGUAAAAUAAUUACAUUUUGUCUUUGUGCCACAACAAUGUGAAUGCCUUCUUCUUAACCUGUUGCAGUAAAGUGAAAUCG